UAACUGAAUUUACCCCUUUUUAAUUAAUUUUUCUCUUUCAAAGAUGUGGAAGCUACAGGCGCUUGUAGUGCACAUCUUGUUGAUGGGCUCUAUACUGAGCACAUAUUUCCAGCCGACUCUAUUGCCCCACCUCGUGCCGCAAAAGACAAUGCGCGAGUUGGGCUUUGAACCGCCGGCAGAUCGACUGGUGGUCUUUCUUACCGACGGCCUGCGAGCGGCCACCUUUCUGGCCAACAAUGGCAGCGAUGUUCCAGAUUUGAAGGACAUUUUCCGGCAGCAAGGUCGCAUUGGAAUUUCCCGCAGUUGUGCGCCCACGAUGACGCGACCUGGUCACAUUGCCAUAUUCGGGGGCUUCAAUGAGGAUCCGGCAGCUGCUCUGGUCAACUUUCGAUACAAUCCCAGCAAGUUCGACACCGUUUUCAAUCGCAGUAGAAACACCAUUGGCUGGGCCCACCGGAAUAUUGUCGGUUACUUCAAAGAUCUUCCAACUGGCGGUGCUCCGAUGAGAUUUGAGUCCUUCAUGGAAGCGGAGCUGCCGGAAAAACUCACCUGCGACAAGUGGACUUUUGAGAAGGUUCAGAAGUUCUUCAAGAACGGCGAAAAUGUUCGGGAAUGGCGCAGUAUAAAGCCGGCUGUGUUCUUGGUCUACUUGGCUGACAGUGAUAUAGCUGCUCAUCGGUUCAAGCCGCAUUCUAAGAAGUUCUAUAAAAAGCUUCAGCACACGCAGAAGGGUAUACGGACGACCUAUGAACUCUUUGAACGGGUCUUUAAUGACAGUCGAACGGCCUAUCUGAUGACUUCCGAUCAUGGAAUGAGUAAUGAUGGAAACCAUGGCGGUGGCUCCAUUCUUGAGAUAGAGACGCCCCUGUUUAUGUGGGGAGCUGGUGUGAGUCGUCCAGAGGUCGAUCCUGAUGGAAACUUUCCCACCAAACCCAAUAUUUCCGAGGUGGAUCAGACCCAGCUGGCGCCCCUAAUGUCGGCUUUGAUAGGACUCCCACCACCGAUGAAUAAUAUGGCCCUGAUGCCAGUGGGUUAUCUCAAUGUGAGCGAAGAGUACGAAGUGAAGGCCUUGCAUCUGAACAUUUUGCAACUUUUAUCGCAAGCCAAAAUUCUAAUUAGGCGGCAUGAGAGCGCCAUAUUCUACAAAUGGCUGCCGAAGUUCGAGGCGCUGAACUUGCAACAAAUCGAAGGAUUUUCAGUUAAAUUAAAUGCUUUAAUGGCACAGGGAAAUAUGAAAGAGGCGAUGGAGAUUUGCCAGGAAUUCGGAACAUUGGCACAGAAGUGCAUGGCGUACUAUCAUCAGUACUACCAACUUCCUUUGAUGGUGGCCACUACGGUAUCCUACUUGAUUUGGUUCUACUGUUUGCUCCUUCAGUUAACUCGAUUAUCCAAGGAGGAGAAGGAGCCCAGAAAGGGAUUUAUGACCUUUUCCACCCUCAUACUAACCAUGAUGUGCCUUUUGAUACUAACUCUGCUGACCCUGCAAAAUGUGCCGAAUAUCACUGCAUUUUAUUUGAUUCUACCUUUUGGUAUGCUGAUAAUGGCUCAGGCCGAACGUCCCGUGAAAGGUUACUGGAUCAUGGCUCCUAUUUGGAACUUGGCCUGUAUUUUGAUCCCUGCUGCCCUACUGAUUCUAACGACAUUCAUUUAUCAACAUCUAUUUUUGGUAUAUGCGAUUUCCGUGCUUCUAAACAAUCGACGAGCUUUCCUUCGGCCCUCUGUGAAGUUUUUCAUUUGGAUUUCCCUUGUUUUGCUACUAAGUGGAAUGCUCUAUGUGCAGCAAAAUUUUUAUAAGGGUCUCAAGAUAAUACCCUUGAAAAAUUUCCAUGUGCUCUAUAUAAGCAUGCUGUUGGCCAUUGUUCGUCCUGUGAUUCUGAGACACCGACUUGAUUCCCGAGUUUGGGCCGCAAAUGUGAUGGCUCUGAUUGCCGGAGCCUAUGGAGUCUAUCAAUUUGAGGUCAAGGAAACUAUAUCGAUCUAUGUCCAUGUCGCCAGUUGGUCCUUUUUGUUCUUCGCCUUCCUGUCGAUUCCGUACUUUGCCAAAACCACUUUGGAGGCCAGGAGAAGAUUGGAUUUGAUCACCAUCAACAUGGUCACGAUCAUCAGUCUGCUGACCAUCUCGUGGGGAUCAUUGAAUGUUCAAAUCGUGAUAACCGAAUUUAUUUUGGGACUUCAGAUCUAUGAGGAUGCUAGGCGAAGCAAAGAAAUUGAAGAUGUGGAAGAGGAGCAUAAGCCACUGAAGACAUUAAAAGGAUUCUAUAGAUAUGCCUUCAUGAUCCUCCUCUACUUCUAUGUGGCCUUCUAUCUGGCAGGACAUUGGCUAUCCACUUUUUUGUUCAAGUCCACGACUGCUCGAUUGUUUUAUCCCCACUUUUCCCUGUUCAUAGCCGGCAGUCUGCUCAUCCUGAAGAUUCUUCUACCAUCCCUGAUCUUCAUUUGCGCUCUCUAUGCUAUAGUUCCAUUUGUGCGGAAGAACACCAGAGCGAUUUUAAUCUGCGUGUUUCUCAUCAGCGACGUCAUGGGUCUGUAUAAGUAUUACUUUGUACAAAACCAGGGAUCCUGGCGACUGAUUCGCAAGGAUCUGGAUCAGAUCCUGCUGACCCAUGCCGUCAACUUUAUGCUGCUGGGCUGCACCUGCUUGGCCAAGAUUUUCAUGGUGAAUACGAAGAUAGAGAGGACUGAACGUAAGGUUAGCACUUCUGCUCAAGGAACUGCACCAGCUGAAGAAACUGAGGCUUGAAAUAUAUAUUUUUGGAAAGUGUAACAUAAAUUCUGGUAGUAAGAAAAUAUAG